AUGGGAGAACAAUGCACCAAAACAGUCAGAGAAGAGAGAACGGGAAUUCGAUGGUACUUCACCACUAUGCUUCAAGACCUCGACUUUGUGGACGACAUUGCCCUUCAAUCAUCAACAAUGAACCAUCUUCAAUCCAAGACGACAAAACUGGAAGACAACUCAGCAAAAGUUGGGAUGAAGCUGAAUGCCAAGAAGUGUAAAGUGAUGAAGAUAAACAACAAGAGUGAAUCCAGCCUGAUAGUCGGAAGCAGUGAAACCGAAGAGGUGGACAGCUUCACUUACCUAGGCGCCAAUGUCACCAAGGAUGGGAUUCUCAAGGUCAGAUGGCAGCAGCAUAUCUCUAACAAGACAGUUCUGGAGAUGACGGGAGCAGAAAGCAUCAGUGGCGAGGUGAGGAGGAGGAGAUGGUAUUGGAUCGGCCAUGUACUGAGAAAGGAUCCAACAGAUGACUGUGUUGUGGCCCUCGGGUGGACGUCUGAGGGGAGAAGGAAGCGAGACCGCCCCAAGACAACAUGGCGGCGGAUGGUGAAGGUGAAGCGUUGA